AUGGGAACACCUGUGCUCCUCUUAGCCCUGACCCUAUUCCCAGUUGCAGCUGCAGCAAACCUGGAAAGUCACUAUAUGGUGGUGUUCCCUGUUGCCUCACCUGCUGUCACCUUGGAGGUGACAACCCAGAAUCACACACUGGUGGAACAGGAUGUGGAGAAGCCAGGCACUUUUCUAUGUGUCACCUUCCAGGUGCCAGAGUUCAUUGCCAGGAAAAGAGAUGAUUCCACAUCACAUCCAGAGGAGAUGGUUUUUUUGCAUGUCCUGACCCACAGUGGGGACAAUGUGCUCUUUGAGGGUUGCGAGAAGGUUCUGGUCAAGCCCCAGAAGAAUGUAAUUCUGGUAGAGACAGACAAGGGCUUAUACAAACCUGGAGAAACAGUGAAAUUUUGAAUUGUGAACCUUGACAAGGACCUUAAAGUCAUUAAAAAUGAGUAUUCCCAGAUAUGGCUGCAGGAUCCUGAAUAUAGCCACAUUGCUGAGUGGCUGAGUGUAAAGUCAAGACACGGCAUUGUGGAUCUGUCCUUCCCCCUGGCCUCUGAAGCACCCCUUGGGAAGUAUACCAUCUCAGUGCAACAAGACAUGGCUCCAAAAACCUUCAGUGUUGAUGAAUAUGUGCUGAAAAAUGUUGAAAUAAAGAUUAAGCACCCUCCAUUUAUCACUACAGCAGAUGAGGAAUUUCAGCUGAAGGUCUGUGGUGAGUACAUGACACCAUUUCCUGAACAGCUGCACAUUAUGUUCCGCCACAGUGACGAGUCUCACCUCAGAAAUGAAAUGGUCUACCUAAUAGUUGACAUCAAUGAUGAGGAGACGCACCUGUCAUUCCUCACGGAUGAGAAUGGGAAAGUCCACUUCUCACUGGAUACCACCAGCUGGAACAGCACGCUGGUUUCUCUGAAAGCCUCCUUCUCAUUGACUCUGACUAUUGGCAAUGACUUCCUGCCUGACAACAAGCUUUUACUGUAUGCAGUCUUCUUGGAUGGAGAGGUGGUGGCUGAUGUGGAAGAGUUUCAAGCAGAGAAGUGCUUUAGACACAAGCCAAGUGGUAUAAGCUGGAUACACACCAAACCAGAUGCCCAGUGUUUUUGGCUGGGAAACGAAACAGAUAUUUUCAACAUUCCUUCUUCCCUUUUAUUUAUCAUUGAUUUAUUCUCUCCACUGUUUUCCCAGAAAUUGUGCAUGAAAAUAUUAACCAAUACUAGAACCAAGAAACCAGUUUCCUGUAUGCGACCAGGCUUUGAGAAAAAGAUGUAUCCUGGAAAAGACAAUGCUGUUGAAAAUCAUGCUGGCUGUAGUGAUUCUGCACCUUGCUCUGAUAACACAAGGAAGACAAAACCAUGGACACUUUUCCCAGAGACCUGGAUUUGGGAUUUGGUCUCCAUUGGGGAUGAUGGGCAAGCGUCUGCCCAAGUUGCUGUACCUGACACCGUCACAGAAUGGAAUGCCAACACCUUCUGUGUUGCUGAUACUGGCUUUGGGUUCUCUCCUCUGACCACCCUUAGGGUCUUCCAGCCUUUCUUUGUAGAUCUGUCAUUGCCCUACUCUGUGAUCCAAGGAGAGACUUUCAGCCUAAAAGCCACUGUCUUGAACUACCUCAAGGACUGUAUCCAGGUACGCACCACUCUCACAGAGACCCCAGAACUAAAGGUGGAUGCCUGUCCAGACCGCUGGUUCACCAGCUGCAAUGAAGCAAAAACCUUUGAGUGGAAAGUGACAGCCACCAGGCUGGGUGAGGUUGAGCAGAGGGAUGUGUGGCAGCUAGCGGGAGGAGGGGUGGAAUUUGCCUGCGGUGAACAGAACAUGGUUCAGUUUGCACCAAACAUCUUCAUACUCCAGUAUUUGAAUAAGACUAAACAACUGGACCCAGAAAUUGAAGAUAGAGCACUGAAAUUCCUGAGAACAGGUUACCAGUGUCAGCUGCUCUACAAACAUGAUGAUGGCUCCUUCAGCACCUUUGGGAAAGCUGACAACCAGAGCAACACAUGGCUGACAGCUUUUGUAGCCAGGUCCUUUGGACAAGCCAGCUCUCACAUUUACAUCAAUAAGGAUCAUGUGCACAAUGUUCUGCUCUGGCUGCAGAAGCACCAGCUACCCAGUGGCUGCUUCCAGAAUGUGGGGAAGCUCUUCAACAAAGACUUGAAGGCCCGGCAGGAGGCCGCGACCGAG